CAUCAGUGUUUCUGCGGUAAUAAAACCAGUUCGGGGCUGUCAAAUGCAUGAUUUCUGUUGUUUACCUUGCUGAAAUCGCCGCAUAUGUAUAUUUGACGAUGCACGUAAGUCGGUAGCCGAAAGCCUUUUAAUAAAAACUAGCAGGAAUCGUUAAUCAGACACUGUGUUGAGUUGUUAUAUAAAGAAGAAUAUCUUUAAAUGCACCAUGCUUUGUAAUAAUCUAUAGGGCUCUAGGCCCAAGCCUUACAUUAUGGACGGUAGUACUGACAAUAGACUUCCGCCGGGACCAGCCAAUAGGCGGCCCCCACUUCUGGUCCCGUGUCGGGGAGGAUUUUCAUUGGUUCCUUUUGCUGUCUGUCUUCCUUACGAAAGAUGAGCCUCAGCAUCGACAAAUGGUAUUUUUUUUAAAGAUAGCGGAAGUUACCGCCCUGAAAGUGGGCGCGCCCGGACCGUUUACUGUUUAUUCAAAUUGGCGGCUGUCAGACUGUUCCUCAGGGAGUUCAAAAAUCCGUUGGCAUUUCACACCAGGUGCACCUGUUUAUCGGCUUCAAAUUUAGUUCAUUAGUUUAAUUACAUUGUGUGGAAUUGUACUAAAAGUGUCAUAGAAUAAAUUGCUGUGUUCGCGAUUUGGAGGCCAGUCACUUCGACACUCUAUUUCCCCGUGGGUCCUGGAACAGGCUUCCUUUACUUGGUCAACCUCUAUUUCUUGUACCAUUACUCCACCAGACUCGAAACAGGGGCUUUCGAUGGAACACCAGCAGACUAUGUCUUCAUGCUGCUCUUCAAUUGGAUCUGUAUUGUUAUAACUGGAUUAAUCAUGGACAUGCAGCUCCUGAUGAUUCCUAUGAUCAUGUCUGUGCUGUACGUUUGGGCCCAGUUGAACCGGGACACGAUCGUUUCCUUCUGGUUUGGAACCAGAUUCAAGGCGUGUUAUCUUCCUUGGAUCAUUCUUGGAUUCAACUACAUCAUUGGAGGCUCCAUUAUCAACGACCUUAUUGGAAACCUGGUGGGUCACCUAUAUUACUUCCUGAUGUUCAAGUAUCCCAUGGACCUGGGCGGUCGAGCCUUCCUGUCAACGCCGCAGUUCUUGUACCGCUUCUUCCCAAGCCGACGGGGUGGAGUCUCUGGAUUUGGCAUUCCACCUCCCAGCAGGAGACUAGAUCAGGGUGGGCCAGAAGGGGGACGUCACAAUUGGGGCCAGGGCUUCCGGCUAGGGCAGGACUGAGAGAUGCUGGUCCCCUGUUCCCCACGACAUCGGCACUGACUUUACCGCGCAGGGGGAAAUGUUGCCUUUCCCUCGGACAGCCGAAUGGAGAGACCUGUCCUAUGACGAUGUUGCGUAGCACCCUUCUGUGUUUUUGUUUUUCAUGCUCUUAUGCCAUAUUUUUUUAUCACACCCCAUAAUUAAUAUCCCGAAGUGUACAGGUCUGAAGAGCUCACAUGUUCAGCGCUUGUCAAGAAGGUGACAAAGUUGUCUCCGUCCCACUUAAAGAUUGAUAAUGUGCAGAAUGCUUGUUGUAAAGGAACCUUGGCUAAAUAAUUUUGGUUGGCCUUAAUCCGCUCAGAUGUAGAGAAAUAAUAUUUCAUAUCGAAUGCUUGUCUCUUAUUUUCCCACCCUGAUUGGGCAGAGAUGAUCUUAAUGAAAAUUCUCCAGCUCGGCCCUGAAACCAGCUGGUCAGGGCAGAGGAAAGGAGCCGUGGCGUUCUGCCCUGGGGCAGCCUUGUGAAGAAGGCCACAGCAAGGCAUCAUGGGUAAACAUGGUGGCUUGUACGUGGUGUAAAUACAUCAGCAAUCUCUGGGAAAUUACAAAUGGCUCCAUGAUACUGUGUGCAAGGGAAAGGUCCUUCACUCGUCUGCACUCGAGACCGCAAAACAAUGGCAGCCUGCUCUCAGAGAUUUGUGCAGUAAUGAUGGCACAUGACCUUAAUUACAGCUGCAGGCACUUUGUAAAGAAGAUUGAGAUCUGAAAAUAAUCCAAUAUGAAUAGAGCAGACAGUCCUGUAAGAAGUCACCAGGGUUGGGUGGGGUCAACUAAUGUAUGGUUUUUAUUACAGUUAAUGUACUUCUGUUCAUUCUGUUAGUAGUAAGCAUUGAUCAGCUUUGUGUCUGUUUUGAUUCGAAAAGAAGGUCGGACAUCAGUUCUGAUGAGUUCAGAACAUUUAUCUUAGAAAUGUGAGAAGAUUAAAGACAUUGUGAUCGA